AGCAGCCAGAGCAGACCAAGCAGCUACCCUGGACAUCCUUUCAAACGGCUGCAGGCUUGUCUUCUCUUACCCUUGCUGGGAACAUGGGAGCUUCUUUGCCCUUCCUGCCAGGCAGGAUACCACUUUGGGAACCCACUGAAAUAUGUCAGUUCUUUUCUCAGAUUCUGGGGUUUCUGCAAGUCAUCUAAACCAAGGUCCUUUCUGAAACUCUCUCUCUUAAGGAUCCUGAUUGGGAUUUAUUUUGUUUUCUUUUCCAUCUCAGAUAUUGCUAUAUAGAUUGGUUUUUCAUGUUACCCAUCCCGGUUAACUUUCCUGUGACUCAGUUUAACUCUUGAGAUCCACAUGGAUGGCUAUUCUUAAGAGCACUUUUCUUACAUUUUCUGUCCCUUUCUGGGGUUGGAUUUAAUAUUAACUGGACUCAGUGUGCCUGUGUGUAUUCUGAUUGCUCUGAAAAUUUUCUUUCCUUCACAAGAACUGUACAUUAGCUGUAUCCAAGACCUGUGAAUAAUCGUAGGCUUGGCUUGAUCUUGAUUUUUGGGACUUUGUUGGAAGAUCUGAUUGCAUUUAAUGAAGUUAUUGCUCUCCAUCCAUUGUUUAGGUUUUAAGCUGCUUUGCCAGCUUCCGUGACAUAAUCACUUCUGGACAAUUCUGAUUUUUUUAAUAAACUAACUUUUUGUCCCCUCCGCCAUUUCUUAAAUAUUAUGAGCCCUUUUGGGGGUCUGGUGGAGAAACCUCAUUCUACUCUUUGAUGUGAUUGAUAGUCCUGCCAUUCCGUGUGGCUGAUUUUUGUUUUAAUAUACAAUGGCUUUGAGUGGAAACUGCAGGACUUACCUCCCUCCUAGAGAACAAGGGGCUGGUCUACACGCCUUCCCAGAGGUGGUGGAGCUAAACGUAGGUGGUCAAGUAUACUUCACUCGCCAUUCCACCUUGGUGGGCAUCCCCCACUCCUUGCUGUGGAAAAUGUUCACCCCCAAGAGAGAGACAGCCAGUGAUCUAGCUAAGGACUCCAAGGGAAGGUUCUUCAUUGAUAGAGAUGGUUUCCUCUUCCGCUACAUUCUGGACUAUCUCAGGGACAAGCAAGUGGUCCUGCCUGAUCACUUCCCAGAAAAGGGAAGGCUCAAAAGGGAAGCUGAAUAUUUUCAGCUCCCAGACUUGGUCAAACUCCUAACUCCUGAUGAUGUCAAGCAAAGCCCCGAUGACUAUUGCCACAGCGACUAUGAGGAGGUCUCUCAAGGCAGUGACACAAGAAUAUGCCCCCCAUCAUCACUCUUACCUUCAGAUCGAAAAUGGGGUUUCAUUACCAUUGGGUACAGGGGGUCGUGCACCAUGGGAAGAGAAAGCCAAGCUGAUGCCAAGUUCAGGAGAGUCCCGAGGAUUUUGGUUUGUGGAAGGAUUGCUCUAGUCAAAGAGGUCUUUGGAGAAAGUUUGAAUGAGAGUAGAGACCCAGAUAGGGCACCGGAAAGAUACACCUCCAGGUUCUAUCUCAAGUUCAAGCACUUGGAGAGGGCUUUUGACAUGUUGUCAGAAUGUGGAUUCCACAUGGUGGCCUGCAAUUCCUCAGUGACGGCUUCUUUUGUCAGUCAGUGCACAGAUGAUAAAAUCUGGUCCAGCUACACUGAAUACGUCUUCUACCGUGAGCCUUCAAGGUGGUCAUCGUCCCACUGUGACUGCUGCUGCAAAAAUGGCAAAGGAGAUAAAGAGGGGGAAAGUGGCACAUCUUGCAAUGAACUAUCCACUUCCAGCUGUGACAGCCAAUCAGAAGCCAGCUCCCCACAAGAGACUGUCAUCUGUGGCCCAGUCACCCGCCAGUCCAACAUACAGACUCUAGAUCGGCCAAUCAAGAAGGGCCCAGUACAGCUACUGCAGCAGUCUGAAAUCCGAAGAAAAAGUGACCUGCUCCGAACUCUAACAUCUGGCUCCAGGGAAUCCAACUCUAGCAAAAAAAAAGCAGUGAAAGAAAAGCUCUCAAUUGAGGAAGAGUUAGAAAAAUGCAUCCAGGAUUUCCUUAAAAUCAAAAUCCCAGACAGGUUUCCAGAAAGGAAACACCCCUGGCAAUCCGAACUGCUACGAAAGUAUCAUCUAUAAGAGCAGGGUGGGGCAGGGGGGAAAUAACCUUAUUGCAAUUUACAGAUCAAGAUCCUUAAUGAUAAGGAAAUAAAAGGAAUAAUAACAAUUUGUUAGGUCACAAAAAACAAAAAUCCAUCAUGAUAGUACUGCCUAAUUUGCCUAUUUCACCUUAACAUUUAUAGUCACAGGGUAAUGAUAUUUUUCAAGUUGUGGAAGCACAAUGAAAAAUGCUUUUGUUUGUAAGCUCCUAGUCUUACGCAAGCUGAAUACUUUAUACACUAAAGGCACAACAGCAUCACCAACUAAAGAAAUCCACACACAAAUGCACCUGGUGCCAGUGGAGAAAGGCCUACACAUGAUUAGGCAGUGGCUGGGGGGUUUCUGCAAACUACAUGCCUUUUGAGUUCUUGUUUUAAUUCCUUUAUCUGGAGGAGUCAGGGAGGGGCAGAUGUACAUGAUUUAAAGAAACAAGCUAUGCCGUGCCAGUUUACAUGAAGGAUGUGUAUAUAUACACAUGAAUAUACAUAUACAUGUGUGUAUAUUUAUAUUGCAUAAUGAAUUUGUCUGGUUUUCUCCUUAUAACUGCACUUUCUCAACAACAACAAAAAAAGCAAUUGUUAGCACUCUGUGUGCUCCAUUUCCCCUCUAGCUUUAUGAGGUGUGAAUAGUAGAAGACUGUCUCUCUCCAUCUGUUAUUUUUUGGGGCGAGGGGAGGUUGGAAGCAUAGCACUGUAAAAGUGCUUGUGUCUGUUGCAACUGUGGGCAAAAUAUUCCAUGAGGUUUUUGAUAACAAUAUAUAUUUUAAUCUCCUUCAUUCCAAAACUACUUCCCCACAGCUUCCGGAUGACAAAGGGUUUAUUAUGGAAUGAUUCCAAUUGGAAAGGGGGUUCCAGAGAUGGCAGGUCAAGUUGCUGAGUCGGUGAGCUCAGCUGAUUUAUGUAAGCCAGCCAGACCCUGCUGCCAAAGAGUCAUUGGCCCAAACAAAUGAGGAGAGCAGCAUCCCGUUCCCAUCUGACACAGAUGCAAUUAUAAGAAAUUAUAAACCUAACAAGAUGCAUUUUGUGCUCUGACUGGGAGGAAAUUGAUUGUUAAAAUGGCAGGCACCGCACCAUUCCAGCUAGAUACAUUUCAAAAGGAAAUUAAAAAUUGAACAGAAACCAAACACACUCUGUAAUGGAAACUGCCUUAUCAGCAUCCUUUCUGUAGUCUGUAGGAUAAUCUGAUGGGUGGCAGGCUUAAUUUAGUACCCAUUUGUUACCCAUAAUGUGUAAUAAAGGGGAAAAUAUCAGCAAGCUCAGUUUGAUGGGACGGUGGGGAGGAAGGGAUGCCACACGCAGGCACAGCAGUACAAGAACCUACUGAGCCCAGGCAACAACAAAAAAAAAGCACAGUCCUUCCUUGACAGGUUCGCCUAGCUAACUGCAUCUGAGUGGUCAUUCCGGAGCUAAUUCUUUCAGCAGACCAGUAAGAACCUGAUGUCCCUCAACAGUCCAGUGGGAGCCAAAGAUCCCAUGGAUGGGAUUGAAAAGUUAAGAGUCAGGUAUUGAAGGGGAGUCCCAGGGACAGACUGCAUCUGGUGGGAUGAAAUUAGUGUCUGAGCAGUCUGUAAAGCAGUUACCUAGAGAUGCAUUGCAUCAGGGGGUCCACAUGGACCUUCCACUGGCUGCAGAUGGAAGCUGGUUAGCUGGGGAGUUUGGCACAUGUCAAUCAAUGUCUCAAGACAGAAAGUGAGAGACACAGAAACUAAUAAAGACCAUAGCUUUAAAAGUGGUGAUAUUGCCUUGUUUAGCAUCAGUAACUAAAGCCUCAGUUUCACUAUGUAGCAUUCACAAUUCACAAUGCUACAAAGGAGAUGACCUCAAGAGUGCAUAGAACAGAGGUACCUUUAGACUGAACAUAGUAUACUUGAGUAGGUCUGAGGCCCAGUCUCCUUGCCCACAGGUGCAAUUUUCUCCCACAUAAUAUGCUCCUACUUUUUAUUUUUUUCACUUGCAAAAUGAACUGUGGGG